GCGCGUGUGUGUGUGCGCGCUGACAGGUUUAGACUGUCAUGUUGCGUCACUGUGCCGUGUACCUCAAGUGAGGAAGGACAUAUUACACUAGUGUCAGCAACAAAAGAGGCAUUUGAACUGCUAAUGUCAUGGGAGCCAUAGAGUCUUUGGAAAUCUAAAUUGAAUACAAAUAUUAUUUUCCCUUAUCUUGUCAAUUCUGUAGCAGUUGAUUGUUGAACCGGGUCAAAGCGAUAUAUCCACCAUAUUGUAUGUAUGUGGCUUUAAUAUUAACCAUAAAUUCGGCAAAUAAUAUUGUAAAACUGAGAUUGGAUAAUAUACGAUCAAUAGCAAUAAUUGUGAAUUAAUCCACUGAGUCUUUGUUUGAUGAUAAAUCUCCAAGGAGGAAACACAAUUCACAAUUUGCCAUGUCCAAUAUGGUUAAGGUGUUGACGUACUCAUUACAUCAUUUGUAUAUGUAAUGUAAAUUUUCUCUAUGAUAAUACUUGCAGUUGUCGCAAAAGGCACCAUUCAAGAUGGGAUCAGUAGUGCCCCCCUAGUGACGGAUAAUGCUCUAUCGUUAGCCUCUCUCCCAUGGCGUCAGGCACGGAUGCUUUUUUUAGGAGGGGUGUGCGGGGGCACUGGAACCGAAGCGCUUUAAAAGAUCGGUGACGGAAGACGUUUGAACGAUGCCAGAAGGGUACCCAGAUCGUGGACGAAGGGCGGAUCGUUAAAAUAGGACACAGCCACAUCUUGUGUGAAUAAGAUGACGCAAGUCAGAAGUCAGCCAUGGGGGCAGUUGUCCAGCAAGGUGGAUCUGUGGACGCUCCAGUCCUCUCAAGUGAAAGUGGAGGUCCUGACACUGGGGGCGAUCAUUAGGUCUGUUUGUAGCAAGGGCAAAGACGGUCAGAUGGAGGAUGUUGUCUUGGGUUAUGAUGACCUGGAAGGUUACGUGUCAGACAAGCGGUUCUUUGGAGCUGUGGUUGGCCGUGUCGCCAACAGGAUUGCUCAAGGACGUUUUGUAGUCGAGGGAAAAACAUACCAAUUAGAGAUCAACAAUGGACCUCAUGCUCUACAUGGAGGCCUCCGCGGCUUCAAUAAGGCAAUUUGGAUUGCUACAGCAGUGAAAGAUGGUGUGAAAUUGUGUCUUACCAGUCCAGAUGGAGACCAGGGCUACCCUGGAACGUUACUGGUCUCUGUUACCUACACACUGCAGGGGGAAACACUAACUACAGAGUAUCAAGCCCAGUCUUCUAAAACAACGCCAAUCAAUCUCACCAACCACUCCUAUUUCAACCUUGCUGGAAAGGCUGCAGAUAAUAUCUACGACCAUGAAGUGUCCAUCAUUGCUCAUUCUUACUUGCCAGUUGAUGACACGUCUAUUCCCACAGGUGAAAUCAAAGUCGUGGAUGGCUCACCCUUUGACCUCAGGCAAGCUGUUCUGAUUGGUCCUAGGCUAAAGAAAGUUCCAGGUGGGGGAUUUGACCACAACUUUUGUCUGUCGUCACCUGGAGAGCCAUGGACUGAGAGGGUUGCUGCUAGGGUUUCUCACUCAGCCAGCGGUCGCAUUUUAGAGGUUUCAACCAGCCAACCAGGAAUCCAAUUCUAUACAGCUAACGUCUUGGAUGGCUCUAUCAUCGGUAAAGGUGGAGUUCAAUAUGGGAAACACUGCUCUUUCUGUUUGGAGACACAGAAUUGGCCGAAUGCUGUCAACCAGGCUUCAUUUCCUGGCUGCCUUCUUCAUCCUGGCGAAGAAUAUCGACACGUGACUCGUUACACAUUCACUUGUGCUGACUGAGGUGGUUGAUGCUUCACAGAUUGUUUGAUCCCUGUGAUAACUAUGUUCAUUGACAUGAGGCCUGGAAGUAUAUCUAAUGUACAUUCCAUUUAAUGACUUUUUUGUAUGCAUAUGAUUUGCCAAUCCCUGAAAUAUUCUGUCAAUUUGUGUCGCAUUGUUUUGUGUACAACUCUUCAGUAAAGAGUGUUCAACAUCUUCACAGUGAACUUCCCAGAACAAGAAGUGGCAUUUUAUGGGAAAGAAGCACUUCUGUAUUUGUUAUUUUGAAAUCUGUAUCUGUGAAAUAUACUACGUUUUUAAUACUCCUUUCAAUCAUCCAUCCAUCCAUCCAUUUUCCGUUUAUCUUCACAAGGGUUAUGGGGUGUGCUCAGUGGCUAUUCAAAAAAAUCACAUCAUUUGAUAAUCAUUCAUUGGAUGAAAAAUAAUUCCCAA